AGUUCGACGAUGAUGCUCCGCCGGUACACGACCGCGCGGCUUGGCCGAUGCAUGAGCGACUGGAGCCGCAAGUCGCUCGUCGAAGUAUCGCAGGCCUUGGCCGCGGGCACGACGACGGCGACCGAGCUCACGGAGGCCUGCAUUGCGCAAAUCAACGCAACGCGCGACCUCAACAUGUUUGUCGCCGACACCUUCGAGAGCGCGCGUACGCUCGCUGCAGCGUCCGAUGCGCGGCGCGCCAGCGGCGCCGCCCGUGGCCCGCUCGACGGCAUCCCCGUCGGCGUCAAGGACAUUUUCUGCAUGCACAACGAAGCGCCGACGACAUGUGGCUCCAAGAUGCUCGACGGCUUUCAUGCGCCGUACGAGUCGACGGCGACCCAGCGCCUUCUGGACGCCGGCGCCGUGCCCCUCGGCAAGCUCAACAUGGACGAGUUUGGCAUGGGUUCGGCGACCAAGUACAGCCAGUUUGGCGCGACCAUCAACCCGUGGUCGACCAACUUGACGGACGCCGCGCUCGUCUCGGGCGGUAGCUCGGGCGGUAGCGCCGCGGCCAUCGCGUCCGGCUGCUGCUUUGCAGCCCUUGGCUCGGACACGGGCGGCUCCGUGCGACAGCCCGCAGCGUACUGUGGUGUCACGGGCUUCAAGCCCAACUAUGGCCGCAUCUCGCGCCACGGCAUGAUUGCCUAUGCGAGUUCGCUCGACACGCCGGCGCUCUUCACCAAGACGGCACGGGAUGCGUCGCUCGUGCUGCCGCUGCUCGCGGGACCCGACGGCAAGGACGCGACUGCGAUCCAAGAGACGCUCCCCGACACCUGGUGCCAACUGCCAGCCGACACGUCGAGCUUGAAGGGCUUGACCGUCGGCGUUCCGAACGAGUACUUCGUCCAAGAGCUGCCGGAGGCCAUGCUGCAUGUGUGGGACGAGGGCAUCCGCCACCUCCGUGACGCCGGCGCGCGCGUGGUCGAGGUAUCGCUGCCCACAACCAAGUACGCGCUGCCGACGUACUACAUUCUCGCGUGCGCUGAAGCGUCGUCGAAUCUGUCGCGCUACGACGGCGUUCGCUACGGCUUUCGGGCAGCGGUAUCCGAGGCGACGAGCGUCGCCGACGCCUCGAACCAAGCGACGGCGCUCCACGACCUCUAUUGCCGGACGCGCUCGGAAGGAUUUGGCCCCGAAGUCCAGCGCCGUAUCUUGUCGGGCACGUUUGUGCUGUCGGCGGGCGCCUUCAACGACUAUUACGAGCGCGCGGUCAUUGUGCGGCAGCGCAUUCGUGACGACUUUGCCGCGACGUUUACCUCUGGCGUCGAUGUACUCUUGACGCCGACGACCCCGACGGGGCCCUUCUCCCUCCAUGGCGCCGCCGACCCGAUCGAGAUGUUUAUGAACGACAUCAUGACCAUCCCUGCGAGCCUUGCGGGUCUGCCCGCGCUCUCGCUGCCUGCCGCCAUCACGGACGACGCCGGUCUCCCGCUCGGCCUCCAGCUCAUUGGCGCACCGAAGACCGAAGACCGCCUCCUUUCGGCGGCCGUCGCCCUCGAAGAUCGUCUUGGGUUCCGCCAGCUCAUUCCGUCCCGCGUCUACGAAGGCACGCGGUAGAAAAGAUGGCGUCAAGCAAACGCAGUGGUAAUAGAGAUGCUUUCGCGAUGA